UCGGCUUUUCUCUCCCUCAGGCUGUCGGCUGUGCAUCUGUAAAGUUUCCCCGGACUGUCGGGCAGCCUGUCGGGCAGCCUGCUGCAAACUACCGCCGCACACUUUCUUCAGGUGAACGGUGAUCUUUGGAUCCGCUAUCUCAGGGCGGACACACUGUAGCCCACCGUGACACCGGAAACGGAGCAGGCUACUAAAAAUAAAAAGCGCCGUCACUAAAAGCGAACGGGGGACCGCAUCCAGGUGUUUGUGUGUCUAAUCUGAGGAGGAUUCAGAAGACGGCCAGCUCCUCUCUGUUUACAAGAAGACGUGCCAACACCUUUUCCACAGAGCUAUCAGUUCCCCGCGGAUUCAUCGGGUUUCACCGCUGCAUGCUGGGACGCUUCAUUGUUGACCUGAACCCUCCUGAGCAGAGUUCGUUUUGCUGCUGUGUGCUUCCAGCCGGCUGUUCCACCAAUGCCUCGAUGGAAAGCGUUCUUCAGCCAGCGCUUGCGAUGGUCCAGCACCGUCACCCAAGCCCUCGUCCUGUCCGUCAUCACGUUCGGCGUCCUCCUCCCUCUCUGCUGCCAUCGGCUGCUCUACUCGUACUUCUUCAUCAGGUCCAUGUACCUGGACUCCAUGAGUGAGGGGGUCCUGCGGGAAAGCCUCCACCGAGGCCAGGACGCUCUGCACUUCUUUCAGAGCACCUCCACGGCAGCGGCGGCGUCUGCCAAGUUCAGGGACGUCGCCCAACAUCCUGAGCUGCUGGUCACCGUGGUGACUGCCAGGCGAAACGAGGGGCGGGACUUCCACUACCUGCUCCAGGUGAUGCGGCAGCUGAGCGCCAUUCUGGGAGGCUGUGGAGAGCGGCGGUGUGCAGAGGUGUUGGUCUGCGACGUGGAAAGCGGUCCCCAGGAAAACCAGGACGCCAAGCUGCUGGAGUCCCACUUCAAGGUGAUCCGGCGUUCCCCUCGGGAGCAGCUGAGGAACAGGGAACAAUUAAACACCUUUGAGAGGGAGAAGAGGGACUACGUCUUCUGUCUCCGCAAGGGAUGGCAGCUGGUGAGGCCCAGAAACAUGGUGGUCCUGGAGGACGAUGCUUUGCCGACGCAGGACUUUUUCACGGUCAUAAAGGACCUGUUGUCUCGGCGGUUUGCCCUCCAGACUCUUUACAUAAAGCUGUAUCACCCUGAGAGGCUGCAGCGCUACUGGAACCCCGAGCCAUACCGCAUCCUGGAGUGGGUGGGACUCGGGCUGGUUGGGGCGACGGCCCUCCUCCUCACCUUCCCUUACUGGAACCCCUGCGCUUUCUCCUUCACGCUGUCGGCCGGCCACCUUCUCUUCUUCACCCUCUACUUCAUGGCUGUAGCGGAGCUGCUGGGGCGGCACUACCUCCUGGAGGUGCGGAGGUUCUCCCCGCAGCUCUACGCCGUCUCCCCGGCCACGGAGUGCUGCACGCCGGCCAUGCUGUUCCCGGGCAACGCCUCGCUCAGGGUGGCUGAGUAUCUGGACGGCUCCUUCUGUGUCAAGGGGAACGCCAAAGACAUGGUUCUGUAUCAGAUGGCGAGGACGAUCCCCGGGGAAAGGUCUCACAGCGUGGAACCCAACCUCAUCACCCACAUCGGGGCCUAUUCCUCGGUCAGGGCCAACCCGCCCAGGCCUAAACUCCUCUGAGGACAGGACUUAACGGGGCUCCUUCUGACUUGGUCCUACUUUUCUUUUCUGCCACGUCACCCUCUGGACUCUUCACACGGUUGGUGAUCGGUUUGGUGAUUUGCAGGUGAAAAGUCGUCAGGCCCUUAAAAUGUAAUCCGAAAGUUCUUUUAAUUGUCAUGUUUGGAAAUUCCGGUCUUUUUGCAGAGGAGAAGUUUUUCUGCCUAGUCAGCUGUCUACACAGGCUGCGACAUGGAGUUGUGUUUUACGCACGUAACUACAGUGAUUGUGUGUUGGGCUCAGAGCAGUGCCAAAUCCUAGCUGACCCACACUCAGUGCUGUGCCUGAACGCCUCCUGUGUGCACACAGAUGGAGGACUGAAGCUGCUGUUGCUAUGCUAACAUGCAUGCUUGACUUUGUGCAGACUGUGUAGACACUGUGUUACUUUGUGUAGCAGGUUCACUAAAAGACCUGAUUGAAAUGAAAUGCUGUUUUCAGUUAGUUUGUAAUUCGCCUGCGCGGCGUCAUAUCAUCGCUGCUGGAGAACGUCUUUAAUCAGUUCUCCCGACUAUCAGGUUUGCCGUUCGGCCGAGGGGUUGUGUGCUUCUCUGCUGGAUUUAUUCUACUGCCUGGUAUCAUGAACAUAUUUAGGAAAAAUCAGAUGCUGUCCACCGUGCUGUUCCAAGGAUUUGAUGAAAAGCUCGAUAUUAUUAACAGGUUUGUUCACCCAGACCUUACUAAAACGAGGGCAACAUUUUCCUCCUCACAGAUGAACUUUUACUUUGAUUCGGACAGUUUUCAGAGAACAACCAGGUUUUAUUUCAGCAGUAAAAGCAAAAUAGCUUCAGCUGACCGAAUCUGCCUCCAGCUGCGUUUGUCAUUUCAUCCGUGAAAGCGAUCCGGCUGUAAAUGAGAAGCUGCAACCUGAGUGUGUUUUCUACCUCAAUACAAAGAGAUUUGUUAGUGUCGGAGCUCCAGAAAUCACAUCUAGCCGUGCAUAUCAAGACGUAGGGCCGGACGAUACGGCCAAAAAUGUUAUCACGAUAAAAAGUUUCAUAUCAAUAAUUAUCACGUACGAAUAGUUUUUUUACAAAUAGUUUUUUCUCUAACUUUUUUCUCAAGUUUAAAAGCUGAUUUUUGCUGCUGAGGGAAAGUUGAAGAAACCUGAUGGUUAAUUGUGGUUUAAACUUUUCUUUAUGACCAGAACAAACAGUGAUGAGUGUUGAUGCCAAACAGUGGAUCACAGCAGAGCUUGUUUCAGGCUGUUGUGAUUAUUUCUCUCGGCUACGUCCGGUUUAUGAAACAGGAAGUUGUUGUAAGGUUGUGGUUGAACAACGGUGAACACUUCUUUUACGGGACAAAUUUAAGGAAGAUGGGCUGAGAGUCUUUGCAGCCCUGCAGUCCCUGUCUGAAGUCCUGCCUGUGCAGAUCCAGGAUGAGAAAGACUGAUUAAUGUCUAAAGCUGAGAUUGUGGCCUUUCUUAACGCUUCAUCAUAUUAACAGAGGAUUUAAAAACCAUAAGCGGUCGUGUGAUUAGAGUACAGCAGAACACACUGCUGCAGUGCUGCUGUUGGAGACACAGCACCUCACAACCGCCGUCCCGUCACACGGACAGUUUCACAUCAGCCUUCAGAAGAAACACAUUUUAGGUACGCUGACCGUUUGGCAAACCUUCGUCUGUCAGGCUUUGCGUUCUCACACAGAACAUUUGCAGUUUAAAAUGAAAACGUUUACCAUCAAGAUUCACAGUAAUAGUUGAAACAGAUGUCAGACUAAAGAUUCUCACCGCGGCCGCUGAAAUGAACAACUCUGAUACGCUGGUAAAACGCUGGUGUGGACGGGGCCUGAGCAAGAUCAGGACUGAGCUGCUAACUGUAGGUCGACAUUAGCUGUGGACUCCAGAGACGACCCAACAAGAGGAUUUACUAAGUCUACUAUGUCAGACUGCAUCUCACUGAGCACUCGCCGUCACUGAACGUGCCUUAAUGUUGUUGCACUCAACAUUAUUUGAGUUUUUUUACUCCAUAACAGAAGAUGAUUCACCUCCGCAUGAAUUUACUGUAAAGCUGAUCGGUUGCGUUUAAUUUACUCCUAACAAUGAAGUUGAACUGAAAUCUGUAAUAAUUACAGGAAGUAGCUGCCAAAGUAAAACCAAUAGGCCUGUGAUAGUUCUGCAGUCUGACACUAAUGACAUGGAAUGAACGUUGAGGAGUUUCUUGGCUGGGAGCAGAGACUUCCUGGAGUCUCCCCGUGUUGACUGGUAACCGAACCUGGCUAAGAAAUAGUCCGGCACAUAACCCUCCCUGUAAAAUGAUAAGAUGUCACUUUGGAUUUUGUGCUGAUUAAAUAAAGCAGAUAUAACGUUUUAAUCGGGGAGCUUUAGCACUACUGGGAGGUGGAAUCUGUUCCCUUUGGAUGGAGCCAGGCGAGCUGUUUCCACUCUUUAUGCUAAGCUAAGCUAACUGGCUGCAGGCUCAUACUGUACAGAGUCAAGAGGAAGAGCUUCACUAAAUGUUCAGAUGUUCACUAGCUGGUCAGUUUGACACGUGACCUCCGCCUCUGUUUGCUAGGGAGUUAAAAUAAAUAUUUAAUGCUGUUAUUAAGGUGGAACAUCAUUUGGAUUUAUACAAAAAGGAAAAAACACUGAACUGAAACAUUUUUAUCAGAAGCCUUCAAAUCACAAAUAAUGUUUUUGUUUGAGUGACUGAAAUGUUUUCUAAUUAACAGUUUUCACCACAGUCAUUAAAAAUGUAAACACAAAACUGAAACAGGGUGAUCUGUGGAUUGAACAUCAGCUGCUGAUUAUCGAUUAACAAUCUAACUAAGCAUAAUUCAGAUUUCAGAUCAUUAACAUGAUUUAUUGCUUCCUGCUUGAUUUCUGACUUCGUUAAAUAAAAUAAAAAACUAUAUACAUAUAAAAUCAAGGUUUACAUCAUUUUGUAAGAUAUAAAUUGAGAUAAUCUGAGCGUUCAGUCAGUGACCUGCAGUUUGUUCUAUCCAGAGAAAAGAUCCGAGUGGCUGGACAACACGAACAUUUGAACUUGUCACUUUUUUAUUGAUAUUGAGAGUUGACAAAAAUUCUUUCUAAAAUGAAAAUGUUUUGGUUUUAUUGAAGCUCGGUUGCGGUUUGAUUUGGGUUUUUAUUUCUGCCAUAAAUUGUAUUUUAUUUUUUAGUUUAAUCUUAAAAUCUCACUGUGUUUGUCACUAGAAGAAAAAAAAUUUCUUUCUUCCUUGUUUCUUUUCGCUCAUUUUAUCAUGCAUAUUAAAAUCAUUUAAGGGAUUUUGUUAUUUCACAUUUGUUAUCUAUUUUGGCACAUUUGCUUUCUACAAUGAGCUCUGAAUCUGAAUCCUUCAGAUAAAUAGAUGUUAGUAAAAUCUGACAUUUUAAAAUUAAAGCAUUGAAAUAACUUUACUCAAAUAAGAUGGGAAAUGUAAUCUGGUCUCUGAAGGGUACAAAUUAAAUCUCUUUUCUCUUCCACGAUCACAUUUUGAUUCUGAGUUGAAUUUAAAUCUGAAUCUGUUUUCUACAUUUAAAGACACAAUAAAUCUGAAGGUUUGAAGUCA